CCGAGUCAGUCAAAGAGUCGUUCAUUGAUCCAACAUCUGCACGCUGCGAUCCGUGUGCUGCGCGAGAUCUCAACUAUUUCAGGAUGGCACUCAGGCGGUUUCUGUCAGUGUUUCUCAUGUUGUUUGUGACUCUCAGCGCUGAACAAGAAGAGAAUGAAGUUCUUAAAUACAGCGACACACAACAGACCACAGACCAGAUUGAAGUUACAUUCCCCUCCGGCAACUUGAGUGAUACGAAACACACACCUUCAUUACCAGAUGUUGAUGAGUGUCACCAGGGCGACCCAGGGCCUUGCGGUUACCAUGCCAACUGCACAAACACACCUGGAUCCUACCUGUGCAGCUGUUUCCGUGGUUACCUGAUGAGUGCGGAGGGAUGUAAAGAUGUAGAUGAGUGUGUGCUAGCUGCAGUAACAGGACUGCAGGCCUGUGGAAGUGGAGCCUUGUGUACAAACACACCUGGAUCUUUCACCUGCUCGUGUCGGGCGGGAUUCGUGCUGGCGCUCCACGGACACAACUGUGUCGAUGUUGACGAGUGUAAUUUCGAGGAGAGCUGCCGGAGGGAGCAGGGUAACGUGUGUGUGAAUACAGAAGGCAGCUACACGUGUGUGUGUCAGGCUGGAUUCAGAGAGCACAGAGCCGCAUGUGUGGAUGUGGACGAGUGUGUGGAGGAGCCGCUUGUGUGUGUCGGCCGAGGCGAGUGUGAGAACACACUGGGCAGUUACAGGUGUGUGUGUCGGCGCGGUUACCGUGGCAACGGCACACACUGCACAGACAUAAACGAGUGUUUGUCCGGGGAUCACGGCUGUGACGUUAACGCUCGCUGUGGGAACAUCAUCGGCUCGUAUUUCUGCCAGUGUCUUCAGGGAUACAGCGGAGACGGACACUCCUGCUUCGAUGUGGAUGAAUGCACUCAGGAUAACAGACUCUGUGAACACGACUGCAUGAAUCAGCCGGGAACGUACAGCUGCGUCUGCAGCCCUGGAUACGCAAUAACUGCAGAUCUGCACAACUGCACAGAUGUGGACGAGUGUGUGAGCAGUAAUGACAUGUGUGAACAGACCUGCACAAACACAGCGGGUUCGUUUCUCUGCUCGUGUCGACGCGGAUAUCAGCUGCACAUUGACGGACGCAGCUGUGUGGACAUAGAUGAGUGUAAACUACAGAAUGGAGGCUGUUCUCACGAGUGCACAAACACACCAGGUGGUCACGAAUGUCACUGUCCCUUCCCUCUGCUGCUGGACCACCGCAAAACCACCUGUGUCAAUGUGACCUCAUGUGCCUUGAGGAACGGUGGAUGUGAUCAUACCUGCUCGUUGGGUGCUGAGGGUCGCAUCCUUUGCAGCUGCAGAGUAGGAUGGGAGCUCAGUGCAGACCAAAGAACCUGCAUCGAUGUGGACGAGUGUGUGAGUUUUAAAGGCGGCUGUGAGCAGGUGUGUGUGAAUCACGCUGGCGGUUUUAAUUGCAGCUGUCGCUCUGGCUUUGAGUUGCGUAAAGACGACCCAACUAAAUGCCAUCCGCUGUGUGAACCUGCCUGUCUGAACUCUGGAGUGUGUGUCGCUCCGAACACCUGCGACUGUCCGGCAGGAUAUCCUGGACCAGGAUGUUCGGCCAUGUGUUCUCCGCCCUGCGCUCAUGGAGGGUCCUGUAUGAGGUGGAACGUCUGUCUGUGUCGUCCGGGCUGGACGGGAGAUGGCUGCCACACAGCCGUAUGUGAGCUGCCGUGUGCGAACGGUGGACGGUGUGUCGCUCCAAACACCUGCCAGUGUCCCUCAGACUACAGCGGAGCACAGUGUCUCACCCCGCUGUGUUCUCCUCCGUGUGUGAAUGGAGGGAAGUGUGUGGACAUCAACACCUGCAGCUGCUCAGACGGAUGGACAGGAGCUCGCUGUCAGAGAGAACCCGUCAGGUGUGUGUCGGCGUGUAGAAACAGUGGUGUGUGUGUGGGACUCAACAGAUGCCAGUGUGUGGAUGGAUUUACUGGAAGCCUCUGUCAGACAGGCAUGUGACAUCAUCAUCUACAUUAUCAUGACAUCAUUCACUCAUCAUCAUUGUUGACAUCAGUCUGCAGUGAUUUUUCUGUUCAUUCGUGUUGUGUUUAUUUUCAGUGAGCAAUGUUCUGUGUAGUUUGUGUUCAUGUGUGUGUGUGUGUGUGUGUGUGUGUGUGUGUGUGUGUGUAGCCGUCACUAUGCCGUGUGUUCCUCCAUGUCAGCAUGGUGGCGUCUGUGGGGCUCUGAACACCUGUGUGUGUGUGACGGGGACGAGCGGCAUACGCUGUGAGAAACUCACAUGUCCGGUCGUGACGACGGUGGUCAGUAUGGCCCGAGCCGUGCGGAAAGGCUUUCGGGAGAGUUAUGUGGACCGCUGCGGACCGCUGGGAGUCCAGCUCUGCACUAAAUACAGGAUAAAUCAGGCGCGUGUGUAUCUGCAGGCGUAUAGAGUGGGCUACAAAAUCCAGUGUCCCGAGAAAACAGCAAGAUGAACAACUUCAAGUCUAUAGAAACACUUCACACGGAGUCAAACACACUCAGUGCAUAUUAUAUGAUUGUGUAUACUGGCUUUUGCACAUUGUGCAUGUGUAUUGUAACAGACUAAUAAAGGUAUUUUUGGUCACUUA